GCUUCUUCAUUGGUCCGACCGCAGAGUCCAUGAUUGCUUCCGCAUGCCUACUGACCCUACCUAUGGAACAGAACUUUGCUAGCGUCUGUAUGCGUGAUCCCGGUUUCGUAUCUAAGAUGCUCUCUUCAAACAAUGGCGAGAACUCAGGGGGCCUGCCUGGUGCCGAAGCUACCUCUGCUGGUCAUCCGUCCAACCAGUCCCUCGGAGGACCCACUCUGUUGGAUGUCAGCAUUGAUUUGGGUCCUCUCAUUGGUCUAAUCGGUGCACCCAAUGACCCUUCGGUGGCAGCUAAUCACUUCGUAGAUUUGGACCUCUCGGGAAAUGAACCUGACCAACGACCCCUUUCCCCGUCCCCUUCAAUGAUAGAAAUUGCCCCCCUGACACAGACCCUCCUUUUCUUCUUUGUAGACAGUCGCAUGUUCCGUACGUGUAUGAACGUUGCCGAAUACAACGAAGCCUUAGAAGGUGAGAGUUUCAUUUUCCCGUGUCAAUGCUGCUCGUGUAUGUGCGGACAGAUGCGACAUCCAUAA